GUGUAGGUAGAAAUUUCAGAGGCAAGAAAAGGCGAUCCUUACGUGCGCAUCCCACUCGAUCGUGAUGUUGCCGAACAUGAUGGUGGUUCAGGACAAGGAGGAAAAGUGAAAGGUACGGUCACCGACAUGUCGUUCCCCUGCUUAAGUAGGGCAUUACGUAAUGGACGACCAUCAUGUUUGGUUACCUGUUGCCUGCCUCACGACUUGCGCGUGGCUGGAUACGUCCCGGUGCUCAGCACAAGCUCAGCUGGAUUAGACUUCAAGGCCACCCUUCGCCCUCACCGCUUACCUCUGCCGGGGCCGGAUGCGCGAGUUUGGGCCGUGUUCGCGCGGUGCCACUCAAUCAUUGCCCGAUAGCGAGUCCGCCACCCGGCCACGGAAGUAUCUAUGCAACUCGGCCGAUGUAGUGACGUUCCCAAGCGAGCUCAACGUUCAGCUGCACCGCCCCCUCGCGCGCUUGACUCUUGCUGAUGGCGACGAGCGUCGACGUCAUUGGGGCACGCUCACCGCAAUGGCCCGUAUGUUAGCCCCGGACGCGCUUUUUGCCUCGUGGGGGGCGCUCGGCUGUGUCCGCGCACCAUGUUUUGCGCGUGACGUAGCCAGCACGUGGGCGGGUGAGUCGGGAUGCACCGCCAUCAGCGCCUUUAGCGCACACCGCCCCCGCACUUCGCCCAACAUCUAUGCAUACUUUCUGGAGAACUCAACGCGGACGAUCGCAUUUCCGUGCCUCCGACUGCCAAAAUCUGUGCACGGCCCAGAGGAUUCCGAUGACGCCCUGGACUACAAAGGUCAGCUCGAGCGGGAUGGACCGUCGACUCAUCGCCGGGUCGACGCGCCAUGGGCUGGAAGAACGUGAACGCCGUUAUUCCUGACCGACUCCUCCUUGGCAAGUCAGUAAGCUAGCACGGCAAGCCCCUUGACCGGCGACGCGUCUCGUCUCCCCGUCUCAUCACAAUGUAUUAACCCGACAUAGUCUGUCCGCCGCCAGAUCCACACGCACCCUG